AUGUCUGCCUUCUCCAACGAUCUUACAACCCUUGUCGAGCUCAUCUCCGAUUCUGUGGCUGUCGUGGUGUCUGAAUAUGCGAAGGUCGGGCAUGCGCCUCCUGCGCUGGAAUCGAUCGACCAAGAUCCAUUCCACUCUCCCGAAUUAAUGUCCGUGCGGUUGAAAUCUGCCAUAAAGAUUAUCGAAGCUGCCUGUGCGCAAUUGAGCGCCACUGUGGCAAGUCCUGGACAUGUCGUAACGAAUAAAGCGUACAACUUCGUGGAACCGGUGUGCAUGCGUGUCGCUUUGAAUGCAAAAAUCACGGAUCACCUUCUCGACAAACCCAAAGGACUGCACACUGAUGAACUCGGGCGUCUCAGUGACCAGGAUCCCUGGAAACUUGGGCGUAUCCUCAGAACGCUUGCGACGAACCAUGUUUACACCGAAGUGGCCCCUAAUGUUUUCGCUAAUAACCGCCUUUCUAUGAAAUUGCUUUCGACUGAUCCCGUCUCUAGCCUUGCUGGUCAUAUGUCGGACGAAGUGAUGAAGGCUGGAGUGGUAUUGGGCGACGUGCUCGAAGAUCCCGCAACAAACAAGUCCUACCUAGCGGGGGACUGCGCUUUCCAGCGCGCCCAUUCAGUCUCCGUUUUCAAUUACUAUGAGGGCCCUGCACGAGCACAUGCUUUUGAGAGAUUCGGGCAAGCGAUGGUUGGCUGGGCUCAGGUUACCGGAAGGGCGAUGCUUCCCAAGAUUUACCCAUGGGGUAGCCUUCCCACCAAUGCAACCGUAGUAGAUGUUGGCGGUGGCAAUGGUCACGCCACGCUUGACUUGCUCAAAGCAUUCCCGACUCUUAAGAUCAUGGUACAGGACACUCGCGCGUCGGCUAUUCAAGGCAAAGCGUAUUGGGAGAAAGAAUACCCAAGUGCCCUACAGGAGCAGAAAGUCGACUUCAUAGGGUUUGAUUUCCUCACAGAAACACCCGUGACGGGAGGUACCGUAUACUACCUGCGACACGUUCUACAUGAUUGGCCUGACGAUGAUUGCGUCAAGAUCUUGAAAAACGUACGGAAGUCUGUGGGCCCUCAGAGCAAGCUUUUGAUCAAUGAAUUCGUCCCCCAGUAUAUCGUCCGUGGAGGACUCGCAUCAAAUACCCAGGCACCUAAACCAUUGCUCCCCAACUACGGCGUGGCCAAUAAGCGGCUCUACCAACAAGACAUGAAUAUGAUGAUUUCAUUUAAUAGCAAAGAGCGCACUCUCGACGAGUUCAUCAAGUUAGGUGAAGCGAGUGGAUUUCGUUUCGAGAAGUUGUGGGACGGAGGGGAGGCAGGUAUCGUGGAGUUCGUCCCGGUAUAG